CUCCUGAUCUCGUCUCGUGCUGUGUUUUGCUGCUCCAUUCCUCCUCUCGGCUCGGCCACCGACUGCCAUUGCCACCCCACUGCGCUGGAGGCGAGCCGGCGGAGUGCGGCGGCCAAAGCUCGGCUGCCUGAAGAUUUGUGUAGGCAAUCGAGAGAGAGGGCAGGCCAUGGGUGUUGAGGCAAAUCAAGAUGCUUUAUGUAGCAUCAAGAAAAUUCUGAGGUGUUCUGUCAGAACAAGCUGCAGAUGUGCUUCUGAACACAGGGCUUUGUUCAGUCUAGUCCUGCUGCUCUACCUGCUAUACAAGUCAUCACAGGGCUUCUUUACUUUCCUUCUUUCCUCUUCUCCUGUGAUUAUAUGCACCACCCUUCUCCUUGGUGUACUGCUGAGCUAUGGGAGCACACACCUUCCGGAGAUCGACGAAGACAGGAAGGCUCCUGCAGAUAUUUCAGCACCCAAGUUUGGGUGUUCUUCCAGAAAUGUUCGUCUGAAAGCAUAUAAGGGAUCUUCAGUGCCUGCAGUGAAGGAGAGUAUAAUCAAGGAGGCAAGUUUUGGCAGAAGAGACAGUAACGAGCGCAUUGAUCUGGAUGAGAGUGUUCCUUUUCUGAAAGUUGGUUAUCAAGGAGAUGAGAGAUUUGAUGCUGCAGGUGGUAGACUUGAGAAAAUGCUCACUUGUGUUCCUUUCUUGAAGACACUGCAGCAGGUGGUUGGUAUCGAGGAAUACAUGAAGGCCCAUGCGGAAAAAGAGUCCAAAGAUGCAUUUUCUAGCAAGGACAAGGGCGAUGAGUACGCCAAUUUGUUCGAGGAGGUUCAUCAGAGUAGAGUUGAUGAGAAAGAAACAACCUUUGGUCUACACUCUUCAAGUGUGAAUGUUAGGGAAGAUAUUGGAAUGGUAGCAAAGCCGAAUCAUCAAGGGAGAGUAUUUACAGAUUCACAAAGUGGUGAGGUGGCAGAUGUUUCAGAACAUAAGGCUGUUGAUGGAGCAACAGGUAAAUGCAGAUGGGGCCGUGCUUUUUCUGUGCGUCAGAGGAAGAAGCUUGCUGAUAUAAAGAUUGAGGCUAGUAAUUCUGUUGUGGACAAUCAAUUAGAUUAUUCUCUAUGUUCACCAUUCACUAGAGUUGGCAGCCAUGAUUGCUCAUCAGGCUUUGACCCUGAUAAUGCAGAGAGAUGGUCUCCUGAUGUUUCUAUGACCGACACAGCUCCGGUGCUCGAUGAGACCGCCCCUCUUUUGGGUGCUGAUUUCUCUUGUCCUGAUCACGUUAAUAAUGGUGAUUCAGAUAAGCAUUCCAGCAUCUCCUCUAAGAAUUCUCAAGCUGAGAGUGAUAGUAAUGAUGUGGCUAGCAACAGCAAGGCCAAAGAUGAUGCCGAGGAGAAGGAUGCUGGAAACGAGCCUGCAUUUCUGUGGACAGCUGAUGACGAGAAGAAUGCCAUGGAUCUUGGGUACUCCGAGAUGGAAAGAAACCGUAGGUUGGAGAUAUUGAUGGCCAAGAGAAAAUCAAGGAAGCACAUAAGAUUUGAGCUUGACGGAAGUGACGUUGGCGGUAUCGCUGAUGAUUUAUCAUCUUUCCGUCCACAAGUCAUAUACUCAUAUGCACAAAGUCCAUCACAUUGUUGUGUGUAAUUGCAUAAAAAAGAUCAGUUGCUAGAAGGUUGAAUACUUGCACAAUAUCAUAUACUCGUAUGCACAAAGUCCAGCACUUGACUGUGUUUGUUUGUAUGAUUUUUUCCCCAGUUUUCUGAAUCUCUCAUGCGAUCUGGACCUGCAAUGCCCGCAGUUUUCCAGUGACCAGUUCAGCUUGGAACUUGGAAAUUCUUGUC